AUGAGAGGCAUCGAGAACCAGGACAAAAAGGAUGAGGUAAAAAAAAACAGCACUUGUUUUGCUCACCUGUGGGUGGAGACAGAAGACAGAGUGUUUUGCUCACCUGUGGGUGGAGGCAGAAGACGGAGUGUUUUGCUCACCUGUGGGUGGAGGCAGAAGAUAGAGUGUUUUGCUCACCUGUGGGUGGACGCAGAAGACAGAGUGUUUUGCUCACCUGUGGGUGGAGGCAGAAGACAGAGUGUUUUGCUCACCUGUGGGUGGAGGCAGAAGACAGAGUGUUUUGCUCACCUGUGGGUGGACGCAGAAGACAGAGUGUUUUGCUCACCUGUGGGUGGACGCAGAAGACAGAGUGUUUUGCUCACCUGUGGGUGGAGGCAGAAGACAGAGUGUUUUGCUCACCUGUGGGAGGAGACAGAAGACAGAGUGUUUUGCUCACCUGUGGGUGGAGACAGAAGACAGAGUGUUUUGCUCACCUGUGGGUGGAGGCAGAAGACAGAGUAUUUUGUUCACCUGUGGGAGGAGGCAGAAGACAAGUAUUUUGCUCACCUGUGGGUGGAGGCAGAAGACAGAGUGUUUUGCUCACCUGUGGGUGGAGGCAGAAGACAGAGUGUUUUGCUCACCUGUGGGUGGAGGCAGAAGACAGAGUAUUUUGCUCACCUGUGGGAGGAGGCAGAAGUUGCCCUCUGCAGAAGAUGGAAAACUGUUUCACUGGGAAUCUUUGUUUCUAGGAAAUUCCUAGAGAACGGUGAACAGUGAACAGUACUACAUGUAAUGUUAUCAUUCAUAUACAGUUGAAGUCGGAAGUUUACAUACACUUAGGUUGCAGUCAUUAAAACUUGUUUUUCAACCACUCCACAAAUUUCUUGUUAACAAACUAUAGUUUUGGCAAGUCGGUUAGGACAUCUACUUUGUGCAUGACAAAGUAAUUUUUCCAACAAUUGUUUACAGACAGAUUAUUUCACUUAUAAUUCACUGUAUCACAGUUCCAGUGGGUCAGAAGUUUACAUACACUAAGUUGACUGUGCCUUUGAACAGCUUGGAAAAUUCCAGAAAAUGAUGCCAUGGCUUUAGAAGCUUCUGAUAGGCUAAUUGACAUAAUUUGAGUCAAUUGGAGGUGUACCUGUGGAUGUAUUUCAAGGCCUACCUUCAAACUCAGUGCAUCUUUGCUUGACAUCAUGGGAAAAUCAAAAUAAAUCAGCCAAGACCUCAGAAAAAAAAUUGUAGACCUCCACAAGUCUGGUUCAUCCUUGGGAGCAAUUUCCAAAUGCCUGAAAGUACCACGUUCAUCUGUACAAACAAUAGUAUGCAAGUAGAAACACCAUGGGACCACGCAGCCAUCAUACCGCUCAGGAAGGAGACGCGUUCUGUCUCCUAGAGAUUAACGUACUUUGGUGCUAAAAGUGCAAAUCAAUCCCAGAACAACAGCAAAGGACCUUGUGAAGAUGCUGGAGGAAACAGGUACAAAAGUAUCUAUAUCCACAGUAAAACAAGUCCUAUAUCGACAUAACCUGAAAGGCCGCUCAGCAAGGAAGAAGCCACUGCUCCAAAACCGCCAUAAAAAGGCCAGACUACGGUUUGCAACUGCACAUGGGGACAAAAAUUGUACUUUUUGGAGAAAUGUCCUCUGGUCUGAUGAAACAAAAUAGAACUGUUUUGCCAUAAUGACCAUCGUUAUGUUUGGAGGUGUCACGAUCGUCAAGCAUGGAGGAGGACCAAGGCGCAGCGUGUGCAAAAUACAUCUCUUUAUUUUGGAAGAGAGAAAAACACGAAACCGAACACUAUCCAAAACUUACAAAACAACCGUGAAGCUAAAUAACGUAAGUGCACUGACAAGCAACACACGUUCAACAUAGACAAUUACCCACAAACACAUGAUGCCCAUGGCUGCCUUAAAUAUGGCUCCCAAUUAGAGACAAUAAACCACAGCUGUCUCCAAUUGAGAACCAAUCCAGGCAGCCAUCAACAUACAAACACCUAGACAAGACAUUACCCCAUAAACCUACAAACCCCUAGACAAACCAAAACACAUACUUCACCAUGUCACACCCUGACCUAACUAAAAUAUUAAUGAAAACAAAGAUAACUAAGGCCAGGGUGUGACAUAACCCCCCCCUUAAGGUGCGAACUCCGGGCGCACCAGCAUAAAGUCUAGGGGAGGGUCUGGGUGGGCGUCUGUCCACAGUGGCGGCUCUGGCACUGGUCGUGGUCCCCACCCCACCAUAGUCACUACCCGCUUUCGUAGCCUCCUCCAAAUGACCACCCUCCAACUUAACCCCACUGGAUUAAGGGGCAGCACCGGACUAAGAGGCAGCACCGGACUAAGGGGCAGCACCGGACUAAGGGGCAGCACCAGGAUAAGGGGCAGCACCAGGAUAAGGGGCAGCACCAGGAUAAGGGGCAGCACCAGGAUAAGGGGCAGCACCGGGCUAAGGGGCAGCACCGGACUAAGGGGCAGCACCGGACUGAAUGGCGGAUCCUGGCUGGCUGGCCCUGGCGGAUCCUGGCUGGCUGGCGGAUCCUGGCUGGACGGCUCUGGCGGAUCCCGGCUGGACGGCUCUGGCGGAUCCUGGCUGGACGGCUCUGGCGGAUCCUGGCUGGACGGCUCUGGCGGAUCCUGGCUGGACGGCUCAUGGCUGGCUGACGGAUCUGGCUGCUCAUGGCUGGCUGACGGAUCUGGCUGCUCAUGGCUGGCUGACGGAUCUGGCUGCUCAUGGCUGGCUGACGGAUCUGGCUGCUCAUGGCUGGCGGAAGGCUCUGGCUGAUCCUGUCUGGUGGAAGGCUCUGGCUGAUCCUGUCUGGCGGAAGGCUCUGGCUGAUCCUGUCUGGCGGAAGGCUCUAGCGGCUCCUGUCUGGCGGAAGGCUUUAGCGGCUCCUGUCUGGCGGACGGCUCUGAAGGCUCAUGGCAGACGGGCGGCUUAGCAGGCUCAGUACAGACGGGCAGUUCAUGCAGCGCUUGGCAGACGGACAGUUCAGACGGCGUUGGGCAGACGGGCAGUGCAGGCGCCGUUAGGCAGAAGGCAGACUCUGGCCGGCCGAGACGCCCUAUAGGCCUGGUGCGUGGUGCCGGAACUGGAGGUACCGGGCUGAGGACACGCAUCUCAGGUCUAGUGCGGGGAGAAGGAACAGGGCAUGCUGGACCCUGGGGACGCACAUAAGGCCUAGUGCGUGGUGCCGGAACUGGUGGUCCCGGGCUGAGGACACGCAUCUCAGGGCUAGUGCGGGGAGAAGGAACAGGGCAUGCUGGACCCUGGGGACGCACAUAAGGCCUAGUGCGUGGUGCCGGAACUGGUGGUCCCGGGCUGAGGACACGCAUCUCAGGGCUAGUGCGGGGAGCAGCAACAGGACGCACAUGACUCCGGGGACACACAGGAGGCUUGGUGCGUGGUGUAGGCACUGGUGGUACUGGGCUGGAGCGGGGAGGUGGCGCCGGAAAUACCGGACCGUGCAGGCUUACUGGCUCCCUUGAGCACUGAGCCUGCCCAACCUUACCUGGUUGUAUGCUCCCCGUCGCCCGACCAGUACGGGAAGGUGGAAUAACCCGCACCGGGCUAUGUAGGCGAACCGGGGACACCAUGCGUAAGGCUGGUGCCAUGUAAGCCGGCCCGAGGAGACGCACCGGUGGCCAGAUGCGUUGGGCCGGCUUCAUGACAUCCGGCUCAACGCUCAAUCUAGCCCGGCCGAUACGUGGAGCUGGAAUGUACCGAACCGGGCUAUGCACGCGUACAGGAGACACCAUGCGCUCUACUGCGUAACACGGUGUCUGCCCGUACUCUCGCUCUCCACGGUAAGUACAGGGAGUAGGCGCAGGUCUCCUACCUGACUUUGCCACACUCCCUUUAAGGCCCCCCCCCAAGAAAUUUUUGGCUAUUGCUCACGGGCUUCCAGCCUUGCCUCCGUGCUGCCUCCUCAUAUCGCCUCCUCUCGGCUUUAGCUGCCUCCAGCUCUUCACGAGGGCGGCGAACUUCUCCCGGUUGUGCCCAAGGACCCUUUCCAUCCAGUAUCUCCUCCCAUGUCCAUGAAUCCUGUGUAGGUGGGUCCUGUUGCCGCUUGACACGCCGCUUGGUCCUAGAUUGGUGGGUAAUUCUGUCACGAUCGUCAAGCAUGGAGGAGGACCAAGACGCAGCGUGUGCAAAAUACAUCUCUUUAUUUUGGAAGAGAGAAAAACACGAAACCGAACACUAUCCAAAACUUACAAAACAACAAACGACCGUGAAGCUAAAUAACGUAAGUGCACUGACAAGCAACACACGUUCAACAUAGACAAUUACCCACAAACACAUGAUGCCCAUGGCUGCCUUAAAUAUGGCUCCCAAUUAGAGACAAUAAACCACAGCUGUCUCCAAUUGAGAACCAAUCCAGGCAGCCAUCAACAUACAAACACCUAGACAAGACAUUACCCCAUAAACCUACAAACCCCUAGACAAACCAAAACACAUACUUCACCAUGUCACACCCUGACCUAACUAAAAUAUUAAUGAAAACAAAGAUAACUAAGGCCAGGGUGUGACAGGAGGAAAAAGGGGAACGCUUGCAAGCCGAAGAACACCAUCCCAACCGUGAAGCACGGGGGUGGCAGCAUCAUGCUGUGGGGGUGCUUUGCUGCAGGCGGGACUGGUGCACUUCACAAAAUAGAUGGCAACAUGAGGAAGGAAAAUGAUGUGGAUAUAUUGAAGCAACAUCUCAAGACAUCAGUCAGGAAGUUAAAGCUUGGUCGCAAAUGGGUCUUCCAAAUGGACAAUGACCCCAAGCUUACUUCCAAAGUUGUGGCAAAAUGGCUAAGGACAACAAAGUCAAGGUAUUGGAGUGGCCAUCACAAAGCCCUGACCUCAAUCCUAUAGAAAAUGUGUGGGCAGAACUGAAAAAGCGUGUGCGAGCAAGGAGGCCUACAAACCUGACUCAGUUACACCAGCUCUGUCAGGAGGAAUCGGCCAAAAUUCACCCAACUUAUUGUGGGAAGCUUGUGGAAGGCUACCCGAAACGUUUGACCCAAGUUAAACAAUUUAAAGGCAAUGCUACCAAAUACUAAUUGAGUGUAUGUAAACUUCUGACCCUCUGGGAAUGUGAUGAAAGAAAUAAAAGCUUAAAUAAAUAAUUAUCUCUACUAUUAUUCUGACAUUUCACAUUCUUAAAAUAUAGUGGUGAUCCUAACUGACCAAUGACAGGGAAUUGUUACUAGGAUUAAAUGUCAGGAAUUGUGAAAAACUGAGUUUAAAUGUAUUUGGCUAAGGUGUAUGUAAACUUCCGACUUCAACUGUAACUAGUAUUACUAGUACUGUUACCAAACAGUGAUAAUGCUAGACUGUCCAUUAUGAUGUCAAUAGGACUGCAGAAGGAAAGGCAUGUGCUGUUGCAUGACCUUACUGGGUGAGAGUUUGUCACACUGGUGAGAAGAAGCAGCCUUGUUUAUUUGAUAUCACACUAGUCCAGACACUUCCACAGACACUUUGACUUCCACAGACACUUUGACUUCCACAGACACUUUGACUUCCACAGACACUUUGGGAUGCAGCAUUUGAAACAAUCGUUGUAUUCUUGAAAUGUAUUGGAUGGUUUCAAUUGCCCAUGAUUAUACAAGAGUGGCAACAUUUCCCAUUGAUAGGGUGUAACCUGCAUCCCCCUCUGGGGUACUGUAGGGUGGGCCACUAUCUUAAAAACAAUGAACAAAGAGAGAUAUCAUUCCAAAAUGUUUAUUUAAUCACAAUCUGAUCCCAUUUCACAAGUGUGGAUGAAAAGUACACCGUAACCUGCAUUCAGCUCGCACCUAUGUUCAAACGGUGAUGUAUUCAGAUUGAGUGGAUUCAGUUACACUGUAAACCUGUCAUGAAUUCACCCUUCACGCCCUGUGUGUCUCGGACAUAUGCAGCUGUCUUGGCUGAAUUCCUCGCCAGAAGGUUGCAUGCUCCAUUGCAGAGCAGAGCUCACAGCUUCAUGGAUGGUGGAGUUUUUCAGUCUUUCACAGACUUCCUAGAUAUGUAGUUACUAUACCGGCAGUGAGGACUUUUCAGCACUCCUGUCCUGUCUAUGACUGCCUGGCUGGGUGGUUGGAUGUCAGAGAGUUAUUUUACUGUUGUCACUGCAAGGAUGAGUUCAGGAGUGUCUAUGAGUAGUUCAAAUCAGUUGGCUAUUUGAAAGAUACUCUGUCUGCCUGUCUGUCUCUCCGUUUGUCCAUUCAUCUGUCAGUUUCUAGUUCUGUCAGUCUGUCUGUCCAUCUGUCUGUCUGUCCAGCUCUACUUCUGUCUGUCCAUCAGUCUGUUUGCCUGUUUUUGUAUAUGUGUUUAAUGCUAAUGCCUGAUGCUAAUGCUGUUAAUAUCUGCCAGAUGUGUUCUGUCGUCAUCUAACAGCUCUGCCUCCACUACUCUACUACCAUCACAGGUCCUUAGAAAAGAGGCUCAGCAGUUAGAGCCCCGGGGCAUGUGGGAUGUUCUGAGAAAGGGGGCAAGCCAAGCUCUAUUUUCUGACCUGGAGGUAGCUACACAAGUCUUGUUUUCAGAUGUGUCCCUUUCCUAUUUAACCUGUAAAUGUUUACGGGUUCCCUUGAUUAGGUCUGUGUAAUGUUGUGUCUUAAAUGUCACAUGAUAUGGAUCAUACUCAAUAUAUUGAUUUAUUUUGUUGUUGAUGAUAAACUAUGUUGUUGGCCCAAGUUUUGUUGAUGAGGUCAAACUUCAUUCGUUGUAAAAAAAAACUUUAUUCCUCAAAAUACCCCUUUUCCCACCAGUGAUGUAUCUGAAAGCAUCCUGUCCUGGACUGGAAAUACCCUGCACCAGUAGGAACUGUUACUGGGGGGGUCAUGUUCCCAGGGGACUCUGAUAUGUCUCAGUACCAUGUGUAACUGUCAGGAGAAGGGGAAAUGCUGGAACUUCAAUGUUGGUCUCCCUGUGUUUCCUAGCCACAUAUUAACCAUUAACAUAGUAAAUUGUAAAAUGACAGGAAUGUGCUACGUUUACACAUUGAUAUUAGACAAUAAAGGUUGGAUAAAAGCAUUUGUCUGCAUUUGUGUUGUUCAAGAGCUCUGUAUGUGGCACUUGGCUGCAUGUUUCUACGUACAAGCAUGUGUGUGUGUUUGUGUGAGUGAAAUGUAUUUUGCAUGGUUGGGUCCUUGUGGAUAAGUCGUCCUCGUGGUCGGCCAUAAGUGGUCCAUUUCUUUAUUUUUUCUUUAUUUUUUAUGAGUAAUGGAAGUCAGACUGAAUCACACAUUUGUUUUCCCUCCCAGAAUAUGGAUGAAAAUAUGACCGACACGACCCUGCUGGUUCAUUUCUUUGGGAAAAAGGGGAAGGCGGAGUUGGGCUUCGAUGAUUUUUACAGGCAAGUGGGGAAAUGGACAAAAACUCCAACUUACAUCUUGCUUUUACAGUGUCAGAUAUAUAAUGUACAACAAAGUAAUGAGUAAAGGGUCUGAAUAUUUUCCGAAUGCACUGUAUAUAAUGUACAAUACACAAUUGUCAUUUCUACCAAUUCUUCACCUCUCUGUCUCCCUUUCCACCUCUCUGUCUCCCUUUCCACCUCUCUGUCUCCCUCUCCACCUCUCUGUCUCCCUCUUCACUUCUCUCUGUCUCCCUCUCCACCUCUCUCUGUCAUCUUCUCCACCUCUCUCUGUCUCCCUCUCCACCUCUCUCUGUCAUCUUCUCCACCCCUCCCCAGAUUCAUGGACAACUUGCAGACAGAGGUGCUUGAGAUUGAGUUCCUGUCUUACUCCAAAGGCCUGCCUAUCAUCAGUGAGGAGGACUUUGCCCACAUCCUGUUGCGUUUCACCAACGUAGAUGACAUUGCAGGUUACCUGGACAAUGUGCGCAAGAGCAUUACAGAUGAGAAGGUGAUUGUGGAGCACUUGCAAUGUAGUCUUUGCCUUAUGCUAACAUACACAAACACCCUAAGGCCUCGCCUUUCUCCCCUCACCUAAAACUACCUCCAUCUCACCUCAAACUACCUCCAUCUCACCUCAAGCUACCUCCAUCCCCCUUCACCUCAAACUACCUCCAUCUCACCUCAAACUACCUCCAUCUCCCCUCAAGCUACCUCCAUCCCCCUUCACCUCAAACUACCUCCAUUUCACCUCAAACUACCUCCAUCUCCCCUCAAGCUACCUCCAUCCCCCUUCACCUCAAACUACCUCCAUCUCACCUCAAGCUACCUCCAUCCCCCUUCACCUCAAACUACCUCCAUCUCACCUCAAACUACCUCCAUCUCACCUCAAGCUACCUCCAUCCCCCUUCACCUCAAACUACCUCCAUCUCACCUCAAACUACCUCCAUCUCACCUCAAACUACCUCCAUCCCCCUCACCUCAAACUACCUCCAUCUCCCCUCAAGCUACCUCCAUCCCCCUUCACCUCAAACUACCUCCAUCUCCCCUCAAGCUACCUCCAUCCCCCUUCACCUCAAACUACCUCCAUCUCACCUCAAACUACCUCCAUCCCCCCUCACCUCAAACUACCUCCAUCUCCCCUCACCUCAAACGACCUCCAUCUCACCUCAAACUACCUCCAUCUCACCUCAAUCUACCUCCAUCCCCCUUCACCUCAAACUACCUCCAUCCCCCUUCACCUCAAACUACCUCCAUCUCCCCUCACCUCAACCUACCUCCAUCUCACCUCAAUCUACCUCCAUCCCCCUUCACCUCAAACUACCUCCAUCCCCCUUCACCUCAAACUACCUCCAUCUCCCCUCACCUCAAACUACCUCCAUCUCACCUCAAUCUACCUCCAUCCCCCUUCACCUCAAACUACCUCCAUCCCCCUUCACCUCAAUCUACCUCCAUCCCCCUUCACCUCAAACUACCUCCAUCCCCCUUCACCUCAAACUACCUCCAUCUCCCCUCACCUCAAACUACCUCCAUCUCACCUCAAACUACCUCCAUCUCACCUCAAACUACCUCCCUCCCCCUCACCUCAAAUACCUCCAUCUCACCUCAAACUACCUCCAUCCCCUUCACCUCAAACUACCUCCAUCUCACCUCAAACUACCUCCCUCCCCUUCACCUCAAACUACCUCCAUCCCCCCUCACCUCAAACUACCUCCAUCUCCCCUCACCUCAAACGACCUCCAUCUCACCUCAAACUACCUCCAUCUCACCUCAAUCUACCUCCAUCCCCCUUCACCUCAAACUACCUCCAUCCCCCUUCACCUCAAACUACCUCCAUCUCCCCUCACCUCAAACGACCUCCAUCUCACCUCAAACGACCUCCAUCUCACCUCAAACUACCUCCAUCUCCCCUCACCUCAAACUACCUCCAUCUCACCUCAAUCUACCUCCAUCCCCCCCUUCACCUCAAACUACCUCCAUCCCCCUUCACCUCAAACUACCUCCAUCUCCCCUCACCUCAAACUACCUCCAUCUCACCUCAAUCUAACCCCAUCCCCCUUCAACCUCAAACUACCCUCCAUCCCCCUUCACCUCAAUCUACCUCCAUCCCCCUUCAACCUCAAACUACCUCCAUCCCCCUUCACCUCAAACUACCUCCAUCUCCCCUCACCUCAAACUAACCUCCAUCUCACACCUCAAACUACCCUCCAUCUCACCUCAAACUACCUCCCUCCCCCUCACCUCAAAUACCUCCAUCUCACCUCAACUACCUCCCAUCCCCCCUCACCCUCAAACUACCACCCUCCCUCCCCCUCACCUCAAAUACCUCCAUCUCACCUCAAACUACCCUCCAUCCCCCCUCACCUCAAACUACCUCCAUCCCCCUUCACCUCAAACUACCUCCCUCCCCUUCACCUCAAACUACCUCCAUCUCACCUCAAACUACCUCCAUCCCCCUCACCUCAAGCUACCUCCCUCCCCCACCCCCUAUACCUUUACCUCCCAGAAACCUCCAAUCUGCCCCCCUUAACCCCCCCAGAUGAUCCCCCCUACACACCCUCUCAGCCCUUUGCCCUCUCACCCCCUGGCCCCCAAGGCGACUCAGCCUAAAUACCCUCAUAGCCUUUUCUUCCAGACACAUGCAAGUAUGCUUUUCUUAGUUUGGAAGUGUGCGAUGGAUUUAGUUGACCAGUAAUCCACUGGUCAUUCUUAUGUUUUUCAAUCAAUCAAAUCUUAUUUUCUAUUUUCAGUUUUGACCAGGACGAUUAAAUGUUACUUAUUUAGCAAUAAACUGAGUGGUAAUAAUGUGUAGAGUGGUAUCAGGUAACCAGCUUGCCAUAACAUAGAUAGUGAUACACCGAGAUGGAAUGGAAUUUCUUAUUGCGUCAUUUCUGUUCUGUGGUAUUACUGAAAUGAUUGAUGUGGAAAUACUAUCUAACCAAAUACUUGUCUGAAAACGUCUCUGUUGUAGUUUUUCACUUGCGUGAAGGCAACCAUGAAUAGUUGCUGAGUGAAACUUUCACAUUUUAGGUUUUUAGUUUGUUUUUCAUUCGACACACUGACCCGCACAUAAAGAGGUGAGCAGCUUCUCAGUGGGCUGAGUAGCUUGUUGCUAGAUCGCCAUUGAUAAUCAAGUGGGUCUCGUCAUUGUGCUAAGAGAUAGUUUAUGGAGCUUGCUUUGUUAAAAUAGCAAAGCAUCACAAAUUACUCAUUACAUAAUUUGUUAGGCUCAGUGUGUUGGUUGUGUUGGAGGGGCCCCGGAGGGAGGGAGCGAGCUAUAGGAGUUUCUAGUAGCAGUGUGUUGGAGGGGCCCCAGAGGGAGGGAGCGAGCUAUAGGAGUUUCUAGUAGCAGUGUGUUGGAGGGGCCCCAGAGGGAGCGAGCUAUAGGAGUUUCUAGUAGCAGUGGGAUGGUUGUGUUGGAGGGGCCCCAGAGGGAGGGAGCAAGCUAUAGGAGUUUCUAGUAGCAGUGGGAUGGUGGUGUUUGAGGGGCCCCGGAGGGGCCCCGGAGGGAGGAAGCGAGCUAUAGGAGUUUCUAGUAGCAGUGGGAUGGUUGUGUUGGAGGGGCCCCUGAGGGAGCGAGCUAUAGGAGUUUCUAGUAGCAGUGGGAUGGUUGAGUGGACAUCAAUAGGGCCUGUGUUUGACUCAUCUGCCAACCCUGAGCUGUUUGGGAUUCAGCCCCCUUUUGUUUUUGUUUAUGUAAGUGUUAGGUUAAUCUGCUUUACAAAAAUCUGCAAACAUGCUGACCUUUUCCCCAAAAGCUACAAUCAACUCAUAGUAUCCAUACCAGGGGGGAACAACCCAGCGAUGUAUACUCUGUCUGUUUGGUCAUUUUCCUGCCUUUGUGUCUGUUAUCUAUGUGAUGUCUUCAAGGUCCCGCGGACACUAAAGGCUUCCCUCUGGUUUAAGUGGAGUAGAUUAUGUGUCGUGUGAAGUGCUGUUGCAUUGUCUGGCUGGCCUUUUGGGUUGGGACAUCCAGUCGUUUGCUUUAUGUGUCAUUCAUUCCUGUCUCUCUCACACUGUUUGAGCCUCAGAUAUUUAUCUUCUUUUUACAUUUACACAUUUACUCUUUUUACAUUUACAUUUACACUUUACAAUUUAUAUUAUAGUGAAUCUUUUUCUGUUUUCAUUGAUUUGAGUUUAGAUGAAUUACUGUUUAUUCUGCUUUUUAUAUUGAAUUUAUUUUAAUUGAUUUGACUGUCUUGGAUUUGACUUUGAUUUGAAUUUGACUUUGUUCAUCUUGUAGGGAAUCACCUUUGAUGAGUUCAGAUCCUUCUUCCAAUUCAUGAACAACCUGGAGGAUUUUGCUAUAGCCAUGCAAAUGUACAACUUUGCCAACCGUUCCAUUGGCCAAGGUUAGUUCCAAUCGUUCCAUUGGCCAAGGUUAGUUCCAAUCGUUCCAUUGGCCAAGGUUAGUUCCAAUCGUUCCAUUGAUUUGUUUGACUACUGAAAUACAUGGACGAGGAAUAACCACACUGUUUUUACACUGUUACACUGUUCCACUGUUCCACUGUAACACUCUUCCACUGUUCCACUGUUCCACUGUUUCCACUGUUAACACACCAUCUAUACACUAUCACUGUGUCCCAAAUGGCACCAUAGUCCCUAUAUAGUGCACUACUUUUUGGCACCAUAGUCCCUAUAUAGUGCACUACUUUUGACCCCAUUGGCCCUGGUAUAGGGAAUACGGUGCCAUUUGGGAUGGAGACUAUAAUAGUGGUCCAAUUUAGUGACAUGGUGGUUCGUCGCCUUGUCCCUCUCAGAUGAGUUGGCCCGGGCAGUCUAUGUGACGACGGGGCUGAAGCUCACUGAUCACCUGGUCAACACUGUGUUCCACAUCUUCGACGAGGACCGUGACGGACAGCUCAGUUACAAGGAGUUCAUUGGUGUCAUGAAGGACCGGCUGCAACCGCCGCACGGUAAGGAGAGGGGCAGGCAGGGAGGGAGGGGAGUAGGGUAAGACAGGCAGGGAGGGAGGGAAGGGGGCAGGGAGGGGAGGGAGGAGGCAGGCAGGGAGGUAGGGAGGGUAAGGAGGAGGCAGGCAGGGAAGGGGGCAGGGAGUGUAGGAGGAGGCAGGGGGGGGAAAGGGGCAGGGAGGGUAAGGAGGAGGCAGGCAGGGAAGGGGGCAGGGAGGAUAAGGAGGAGGCAGGCAGGGAAGGGGGCAGGGAGGGUAAGGAGGAGGCCAGGAGGGAGGGAAAGGGGCAGGGAGGGUAAGGAGGAGGCAGGCAGGGAAGGGGGCAGGGAGGGUAAGGAGGAGGCCAGGAGGGAGGGAAAGGGGCAGGGAGGGUAAGGAGGAGGAAGGCAGGGAAGGGGGCAGGGAGGAUAAGGAGGAGGCAGGCCAGGGAAGGGGGCAGGGAGGGUAAGGAGGAGGCCAGGAGGGGAGGGAAGGGCAGGGAGGGUAAGGAGGAGGCAGGCAGGGAAGGGGAAGGGAGGGUAAGGGCAGGAGGGAGGGAAAGGGGGGAGGGUAAGGAGGAGGCAGGCAGGGGAAGGGGCAGGGAGGGUAAGGAGGAGGCAGGGAGGGAAGGGGGCAGGGAGGGGAAGGGGGAGGGCCCGGAGGGAGGGAAAGGGGCAGGGAGGGUAAGGAGGACCCGGCAUGGAAGGGGACAGGAGGAUAAGGGAAAGGGGUGCGGAGGGCAGGAGGGUAGGAGGAGGCGGGGGGAGGGAAAAGGGGGAGGGAGGGAAGGAGGAGGCAGGCAGGGAAGGGGGCAGGGAGGGUAAGGGGGGGCAGCGGGAAGGGCACGGGAGGGUAAGGAGGAGGAGGGAGUGAAGGGGGCAGGGGGGGGGUUGGAGGGGCAGACGAAAGGGGCAGGAGGGUAAGGAGGAAACAAAGCAUCACAAAUUACUCAUUACAUAAUUUGUUGGCUCAUGUGUUGGUUGUGUUGGAGGGCCCGUAGGGAGGGAGCGAGCUUAUAGGAGUUUUCUAGUAGCAUGUGUUUGGAGGGGCCCCCAGAGGGAGGGAGCGAGCUAAUAGUAGUUUCUAGUAGCAGUGUGUUGGAUGGCCCCAGAGGGCGCUAGCUUAUAGGAGUUUCUAGUUAGCAUUGGAUGUUGUGUUGGAGGGCCCCAGAGGAGGGGCAAGCUAUAGGAGUUUUCUAGUAUCAGUGGGAUGGUGGUGUUUGGAGGGGCCCCGGAGGGGCCCCCGGAGGGAGGCAGCGAGCUUAUAGGAGUUUCUAUAGCAGUGGGAUGGUUGUGUUUGAGGGGCCCCCGAGGGGCGAGCUAUAGAGUUUUCUAGUAGUCAGUGGGAUGGUUGAGUGGACAUCAAUAGGGCUGUUUUGACUCAUCUGCCAAGCCCUUAGCUGUGUGGAUUUCAGCCCCCUUUUGUUUUUGUUUAUGUAGUGUUAGUUUAAUCUGCUUUCAAAAUCUCAAACAUGCUGACCUUUUCCCCAAAGCUACAAUCAACUCAUAGUAAUCACAUACCAGGGGGGAACCCCCAGCGAGUAUACUCUGUCUGUUUGGUCGUGUCCCCUGCCUUUGUGUCUUUUAUCUAUGUAAUGUCUUCAAGGUCCCGCGGAACACUAAGUCUUCCCUCUGGUUUAAGUGGAGUAGAUUAAUGUGUCGUUUGAGUUCUGUUGCCAAUGGUCCCUGGCUGGCCUUUUUGGGUUGGGACAUAGAAGGUCGUUUGCUUUAUGUUUCAUUCAUUCCUGUUCUCUCUCACGCGUUUUGAGCCUCGGAUAUUUAUCUCUUUUUACAUUUACACAUGGACUCUUUUACAUUAUUUACACUUUUACAAUUUAUAUAAUAGUGAAUCUUUUUCUGUUUUCAAUUGAUUGAGUUUAGAUUAACAUAUGUUUCUUCGCUUUUAUAUUGGAAUUUAUUUUAAAUUGAUUUUACUGUCUUGGAUUUGACUUUGAUUUGAAUUGACUUUGUUCAUCUUGUAGGGACUCACUUUGAUGAGUUCGAUCCUUCUUCCAUUCAUGAACAACCUGGAGGAUUUUGCUAUAGCCAUGCAAAUGUACAACUUUGCAACCGUUCAUUGGCCAAGGUUCGUUUUCCCAUCGUUCAUUGGCCAAUGUUAGUUCCCAAUCGUUCCUUCCAAGGUUUAGUCCAAUCGUUUCCAUUGAUUGGUUGACUCCUGAAAUACAUGGACGAAGGAAUAACCACACUGUGUUUUACAAACUGUUACAAAACUGUUCCUCCCUUUCCACUGAACACGCUUCCCUGUUUCCACUGUUCACCUGUUUCCACUGUUUAACCCACCAUCUUACACUAUCACUGUGGUCCCAAAUGGCACCUAAAAAAAAGGUCCCCCUAUAUAGUGCACUACUUUUGGCACCAUAGUCCCUAUGAUAGUGCCUAUUUUGACCCCCAUUGGUGCCCUGGUAUAGGAAUACGGUGCCCAUUUGGGAUGGAGACUAUAACAGUGGCCAAUUUGUGACAUGGUGGUUCUCGCCUUUCCCUCUCUCAGAUAUUUGCCCGGGCAGUCUAUGUGACGACGGGCGGAAAGCUCACUGAUCACCUGGUCAACACUGUGUUUUCCACAUCUUCGACGAGGACCGUGACGGACAGCUCAUUUACAAGGAGUUCAUUGGUGUCAUGAAGGACCGGCUGGCACCGCCCACG